AAUUUAAAUGUACACACUGGUACACACCUCCACAGAGGUGAGGUUAUGUAGAUCAUGUACGUGUUUACAAAAAUGAUGGAUGUGUCAAUCAAAUAUAAUUAAUCAUUUAAUGUAUACUUGUUGUCCGUUUUAUGUGUGAACAAAGAACUCGAAUAGGAUGAAAUUUAAUGAUAAAGAUCUUACUGAGGCUUGUUUUGGCCCAGCAACCCUUGAGGGUCGAUUAAAUCAUAAACGUGCUCAUAAAUCAGCAUUUAAAGAAAGAUGGUUCAAAUUAAAAUGCAAUUUACUGUUUUUCUUCAAUAUAAACGACCUGGGUCAAAUUGAUAGGCGACAACCAGCGGGCGUGAUAAUUCUAGAAAAUUGUAGUAUUAAUUUAGAUACUUCUAGUGAAAGUGCCUUUGCCUUUUGCAUAUCGUUUCGAGAUGAGCACGACAAGAGGCACAUAUUGAGCGGACCAUCGGAGGAAAAAGUCGAGGAAUGGAUAAAUUCGUUGCGACAAGCUAGUUAUGAAUUUUGGCGAUCGAAAUUAAUUACCCUCCAAGAAAGACUGCUUAAAAAAACAGGAAAAGAUCCACUUCUUAUGUAUCCCAGAAAUCAAGGAGUAGUGAGAGAUGAGGCUUGGAAUAAUAAAGCAAGUUUUCGCUCUCACGUUCGUUCCUUCACCUCGUCGGUUGCUACGUCCUCGACAAUUAAUACAUUAACGAGAGAAGCGAAUCUUAUUGAUCUAACAUGACCUUUUUUUACUAAAUUAAUUUCAAUUUCAAAUUUUACAAAUUGAUAAGUUUUCACAAAUUGCCUUUCUUUCGUUUUUUAAUUUCGAAAAUGUUCUGUCUGUUUUUCGAAAUACUCUUUAAGGGAAUUUCAAGAUUUUAGCACAUUAAUUACUUAUAGCAAGUUUUUCAUUGUCUUAGUGAAAAUAUUUUUGUCUGUGACCGAAAAGAUUGUUUAUUGUUUUAUUUAUUUUACUAUUUAAUUUUUCAGGUAUGCGUUUGCUUGCGAACAAUAAUUUUAAGGAAUGAUUGAAUAUUUAAAUGGAUCUUGAGUGAUUUAUAUUUUGUCAAGUAUUUUAAUACCCAAUACUCUGUCUCUCUAUUUACCAGGAUUUAUUAUGAAACAACUAUAUUGUUAUUAUAUUCUUACUGGUAAAUAUAAAUAUAUUUUUUUAAUUCCGAA